GCAUGUCGAGUACCAAAUACCAAUACGCGACAAUUCAUGGCGCUUCACACAUAGGCAAUUUUCUAAUUGGACCUGCCUUUUGAGUGUAGUGUAGUUAAAUUCAAAACAUCGUGUUAAACAUAGUGCAUAGUGUUGGUGUUGACAUUCUUUAAAAAAAUGUUUUUUCAUUGAUGACUGUUAGUGUUGUGAUAAUGAAUAGAACAAAGAAGGAAAAAAAUGUGUUUGAAAACAUAAACUCUGAUGCGGAAAAUAAAUAAUGAGUGUGGCUAUUUACGUGAUAAUUAUACCAAAAAACCGGUUUUAAUGCGAGUUUCUUCGAGAUAACGUAGAAGUUAUAAGUGACUUUGUUUAUAAUGGCAUUUUCGUUGAAUAAAUUGAAAAAUGUUUUGAAUGUCAACAAAAGCAGUCAGCUGGCCGGCAGCGGGAGCUUGGAACCGGAAAUAGGUUUCAAAUUGUCGUUGCAUCCAGUCAGUAAAAAUUUAUUCGUGACUGUUAUCGGCGCCCGGCAUCUCCCGUCCUUGUUUGGGCUUAGUCGCGCCCAUGGAUAUCUCGUUAAGGUAAAACUCUUUCCCGGUGAGAGUAAAUUCGAAACAACAUUACAAGAAAGCUCAUGGCCAGUUUGGAACGAAGACUUCAAGUUCCAAUUACGCCAGAAGGAAAUAAAGAAAAGUUCAGAAAAAGUUGAUCUGCAAAGCUUAGUGGCUGGACAUUUUGUAUCUCUAACAAUUUAUGCUAUACUCGAGCCUCCUAAACAAGAGGUGGACAGGAGGAAAAGUGCUAAAUCUUUAGACUCGAAGACUUCGAAAUUAGCGAACGACGACCAAAAGAAAGGUGGUUUGUUUGAAAAAACAUUUAGCAGUUUCAAAUCAACGAAGACCGAAACCGUCGCUCAGAAAUCAAUUUUAGAAAAGCGAAGGACCGUUGGAGCGGCGACGUGGAAUUUCGAUUCGAAGUUAUUUCAAAACGAUCUCAAGAAUGGUCUGAUUGGCACUCCGGAUAUUUGGAGGCCCAUUAAUGCUAUCGCAAGUGGAUUAUCUGCCUCCGAUUCGCGGAGAGAAAACAAGAAGGGCCAGCUCGAGGUGACAUUACUGUAUACGGCAAGCGAAGACGGGCUCAACGAUGUGGUGCAGCUGACGGUCAGCCGACUGAGGUGUUCCGUACAAACUAUGCAAGAACAGGAACAGUUUAAAGCGCCCCUGUACUUGAAGGCGACAAUAUUGGAAGCUAAUAAAGCCGAAUGCUAUUGGAAAAGCGAUAGAUUCGUCCCGACCAUUUCCGCCAGAUGGGAUCCAAAGUCUGCAACGGUCAAGUUAACCGUCUUCAAAGCGAGCUUGAAUAAAGUUAGCAUUUAUAUUAGUCUCGGGUGUAAAACUAAAAUGGCCAAGAAGGAAAUAUUAGGCAAGGCGAGCAUUGACGAGAAAUCUCCUUAUGCUGACAGCUGGAAUGAAUGUUUGAGACAACCGGGCAUUCCGAAAACGUUUUGGGUCAACUUCGUGUAAUUGAACCGUCCAUGGUGUGUAAUUGUUAGGAUACAGUCUUACAUGUGAUGAUAUCUUGUGUAAUUUUACGUGUAAUAAAUUCCGCCAUAUAUUUUUUUAUAACAUUUAUACCUUUUCCAAGUUAGCCUGCUUCCAUCUUAGGGCUCAUUUACACGAGCAGCAAUCAAUGGCAGCUGGCAACUGCUAUCGACGACUGCAGUCGCCUGCAGUCGCCGACGUCUCAGUAGCAGUUGCUGCUCGUGUAAAUGAACCCUUAGACUACAUCGUCACUUAUUAUCAAGUUCAGAUCGCAGACAAGGGCUAACUUCUUUUUUAAUAAAAUCAUCUUUUUAAAAUUUUUAUGUUUCCGAUGCCUAUCACCAGACCAGUAAUUGAGUUUCACAGCUCUACCAAUUGCGGCAGAUAUUCUGCCGAUUGAUCGAUCUAUUUGAACAUUCAGAACCAUUCCAUUCUAUGGGUUGUUAUUGAUUUUGAUGAUGAUUUACUUCAUACGAUCAUAAAAUAUUGUCUUUAUGAUUUUUUGUGUAAACAAAAAUAUGUCAAAAAUUUAGUGAAUAAUUAUAAAUUGCACAAUUUGACUGUAUGUACGAGACAAUAUGUUAAUUAACACUUACAAUUACAACUUUACUUUUCCAUUUAUAUUUUAGCUUUUUUGUUUAUAUGGGACAGUCAAAUUGAAAAUAUAAAUAAGUAUUGACAUUUCGACUACUUAGCGCGUUGACAAAUUCACUUAAACUUGUGCAAGUAUCGCUACAAAGUUCACGUCGCUUGCUCAAGUGAUUUCAAAACUCGAGAAAGCCAAAGUAAAAUAGACCUAAUGAUCAUGUAGUCGAAGGUCGCUUUCGUCUCUGGGUCUGGAUCUAGACAGUAUCUAUCUUUCCUCUAAAACUGGCCCCACAAACUAUCCAAAAAUUACUACGAGCUAUUCGUAGCUACUCGUAUAUCUACUGAGCCAUUUAUUAUGUCUUCGUUAGCGCUAUUCUGGUUGGUUCAUAGUCACAGGCAUAGUAGAACAACGUCGCCAUAGUGUUGCUAGGUAGAUAAAGACGCUCAUCUUAUUUUUAAUUAAUUUUCGACGAUGGUAACACUCGCUCACGAAGCUGACGCGGGUAUUAGUGUUUUAAGCGCUUUUGCUGCUUGUAAAAUAAUUAAGUCAUAUUUCAUUAAACUUUCAUUAGGUUUGUUCAUAAUAUAUCUACGAAUAUGUUAGUGUUUUUUCAUAAAUCGUAGACAGAAGUAGAAAUAGACGAAUACAUUAAAUAAAUGUUUGGACUAUGUGUGACAUAACGGAUAGCAGCGACAGUGAUUGCACUAUUAUAUUGUGGUAGAGGAUAGAUCGAGCAUGUCCCAGGCCUUGUGAUCUUGAAAGUAGGCUUAAGGGAUUUCUUUAGAAUGCGUCAACAAUCACCUUCCCUGCCCGAUAUGUUGAUGUAUGAUAAACAAUAAUUAAAACACAAAACAUUAUUGCACAAAAUCACUAACGCGACUGGCAGCGUGACGGUGUCUACGCUGCCUAACAAACAACUGAGUUCAAGUCAUCAAAUACCCCUUUAUAUAUACCAACACCGAUACUUCCUCUCUACAAUAACAUAAAUAAUGAAUGUACCACUUGUAAUCGAGAAACUUGUAACAUAUGUAAAAAAGACGUCACAAUCGGAUUUCUUUUGACUAAAACGCCGACUAAUCUCUGUCUACGACAUACAAAUUGAAUUCUCUAGAAAUAAUAUAGUAUACACCAUAAUAUAUGUCAUUGGUUGUGUACAAAAGGCUUUACGAUAUAUCAAUUAAGUAUUCUGGAUUAAAAUUAAGAAUGUUUAAAACGAUCAAAGUAUUAUGGCAAUAUUAUAACCUCAUUUAAUGUUUUGUUUUGUUAUAUUACCUAAUUUAAUAAAUGACUUUGUUGUUAAUAAUUAUUAUUAGAAAUAAGUAAUUAUAUUAAUGAUAUAAAAAAAUGUUAUUCAGACUUACGAACAUGUAACCAUAUGGGAACAAGCAUAUAUGACAAACAGAAAUAAAGUUCAAACAUAUUUUUGUA